GCCACUCCGUGCCUGUGGAAGUCAGCCAGCGGCGCUAGCGACGGUAGCCGGAGCUGGGUAGACUUGAGUGGGCAGAAGCCGCCGAACCCGAGCCAGGAUGGGGGAAGAAACCGAUAGAUCGGUCAAGACCAACGACACAAGUAAGGGCGGCAGAGAUGGAAAUCACGUAUCCGAGGCGGCCCAGGAGGAAAGCGAUGUUCAGUACUACACGCUGGAAGAGGUUCAAGCUCACAACAUGAGCAAAGACACAUGGCUGAUCAUCCACGACAAAGUUUACGAUAUUACGAGUUUUCUAGAGGAGCAUCCGGGAGGUGAAGAAGUGCUUCUGGAGCAAGCAGGCGCAGAUGCAACGGAGAGCUUUGAAGAUGUUGGCCAUUCCACAGAUGCAAGAGAGAUGCUCCAACAGUACUACAUUGGAGAGCUGCACAUGAAUGACAGAAAAAAGGAGGCUAAAAAGGAAGUUUACAUCACAACUUCAAAAGAGUCCAGCUCGUGGACCACCUGGCUGAUUCCUGCUGUAGCGGCUGCCGUCGUGGGCAUCAUGUACCGUUAUUACAUGCUAGAGCACAAAUCAUCUUGAGCACUACUCACCAGGGCCUGGAUUACCAAAACUGUUAUAGCAUAGUGUUUACUGUUAGGUUAAGAAAAUGGUCAUAGAGGUACGCAUUCUGGCAUCAAACGUCAAUUCGUUGUGUCUUUAGGUUCCGAAUUUUCAGAAGACCCAGGCCAGGGUAACUUCUCUCUUCUUUUUUUUCUUUCUCUCUUUCGUCUGGAGGCCUUGACUUGUCUGUCCAAUACCACCCCACCACACUGGACUUGCAGGAUGACCCUCAUUCCCCUUUUUAUGCCAGCAACUUUGCAGGGAGAGUGAGGAAUCCUUUUUUUGUCAGAUUUUUCCCCACUGUCUCUUUAUUAUGCAGGAUUAGAGCAGGAUGAGCAGGAAUUGGACCGGCUCAGAAUGUUCUAACGCUUUCUUGGCCGUAGCUUUGACAGUUCACAUGCAGCACUGAAUCGGAAUGUGGCGCACAAUGUGCCUUGUGUGCCACCUUCAGUUAGUGCUUUAGGUAAGCAACAGAACACAGAGGGAGCGUGUUAUCGCGAAAUAACAUCGCGACUGUGAUUUGGUUGCCGUUGAUCAUCACAGCCGUGAUGUUAUUCGCG